AUAUUGACGAUCCCAAAUCUAAUUGUAGAGAUAUUGUAUAUUAUACGUAAAAUGCUUCCAAAUGUAUACGAUGAAAAUACCAAUUUUCGUUAUACUUUUUGAUCAUAUAAGCGCGGUGUUUUUAGAUUUAAAUUAUAAAAAUAAAUCGAUAAAUAGAUCCGUAAGAGAAUCACAAGAUUAUGAACCUGAACCUGUUACAAUUCCAUUUAAAGAUUCAGGAAAUAUUCCUUAUAAUUUAAACUGUGAUGACUUUACACAAUAUGCCGUCAACUGUACAGCUGAGGCGGCACUGAUUUAUAAUUCAAGUAGAAUGUCUCCACCUUACCCUGCGAAAGUUAAUGAUUGGUGCCGGGCUAUAAGACACCUUACGAAUUGCGCUAUCAAUUGGAACACGGAUUGUAAAGAUGCUACUGACAGUCGUUUUAACGAAGAAAGUAUCAAAGGUCACAUUCACGUCGUCAACAAUAUUUGCGAUGACGAAUGGUUUCUCAUAAGAUACGAUGAGAUUGCGCUCUGUGUUGAAAGUUCAACAGAUUCAUGGGAAACCUGCUACAUUAACUUCAAGGAUUCGGUUGAGGAGCACAAGAAUACUAGCCAAGAAUGGACUCACUAUGAAGUACAUUUUAGGCUGUGCUGCGCAAGAUCUCGAUUCCGACGCUGCACUCUCGAAUCGCUUUUCGUUAAGCCAACUCAAUGUACGCAAGAACAAGCGGCUACGCUUCAGAAGUUCUCAGUCAUUGUUUCCGAGGGAGGAGUUUAUCAGGACUGCGAUCGUAACAUGAUGUACGCAAACUGCCCAGGCGGAGACCCUCGACCAACCAGUGCUAUGUUGAAACGGCUGAUGAGCACCGAAGCCCACAGUAGAGGGUACAAGCUACGUCAAAGAUUAGAGACAUUUUUUUUUGUGGCCUACUUUGUUAACCCUACAAAUAAUAUAACCUAUCCCUUGGCUGUGUUCUUCAAGUGUCUGAAGAUCAAGGGUUACCGUCUCGAGCGUGCUGCAACGACUGAUUUUAGAAACGAAUAA